AUGGAGACUAAAGUUGCACGUGAUCAUGCAGAGCGUUUUCGAGUUAAGAUUGGUUAUGAGGGGCUUUUCUAUGUUGAUAGUGAUGGUUUAAGCGGUGGUAUAGCGUUAUUGUGGAAAAGGAAUACAACGGCCCGGCUGCUAAGUUACUCAACGAACUAUGUUGAUGUUUUGGUAACUAUUACUGGCUUUCCGGAGUGGCGAAUGACAGGCUAUUAUGGUUACCCUGAACGAACAAGGCGCACUGAGUCAUGGGAUCUUUUGAGAACGUUAUCGGGUCGGUCAAACCUCCCAUGGGUUGUCAUUGGAGAUUUUAAUGACUUACUAUAUCAGAAUGAGAAGAGAGGAGGGAAUCCGCAUCCGAAUAGCCUUCUACGUGGUUUUGGGGAGGCCGUUGAGGACUGUGGGCUUGCUCAGUUGCCUAUGAAUGGAUAUCCGUACACAUGGGAGAAGGGGAAGGAGACUGAAAACUGGAUGGAGGAGAAGCUCGAUAAGGUACUGGUAACGAAUGAGUGGCGGGGCAUAGUGACAUGGGCCAGGGUGAUGAAUCUGAGAACCCGGAAAUCUGAUCAUUCGGCUCUCUUUCUGGGGAUCCAUGAGUCUGUUGGGAGAAUGGGACCUGGUAGGAGGGGAUUCCGUUUUGAGAUGGCAUGGUUGCAUGAUGAGGGGUGCAGGAAUGUGGUAGAGCAGUCUUGGCAAGAGGGGAGGGGGCAGGGUUUACAGAGCUAUAUUCAGUACUGUGGGAAUCGGUUAACACGUUGGGGUGGAGAUCGGUACCACAAGUAUGGAAAACGAAUUAGUGAGCUGACAAGAGAACAACAGCGACUCAGGGGACGCACCGACCCGGCCUCACUCGCAGAGUUUCAGCGCCUAGAACAACUGCUAAGUCGUACUGAAGUUCAGGAGGAUGCCUAUUGGAGACAGAGGGCCAAGCAACACUGGCUGAAGGAGGCGGACUCUAAUACGAAGUUUUUUCACAGGGGGGAUGUGGCGAGCUUUAUAAUAAAUUGUGUUGAAUCCUGUGAUUUCCCGCCUAGUUUGACUGAAACCGAUGUUGUAUUGAUCCCUAAGAAGAACACCCCGGAAUAUGUGACUGACUUGCGCCCUAUAGCUCUCAGUAAUGUGAUUUAUAGGAUUAUGGCAAAAAUGCUGACAAAAAUGGAGGAUGUAAUAUCUGAGUCACAAAGUGCUUUUAUCCUGGAUAGGCUGAUUACGGAUAAUAUACUUUUAGCUGCGGAAGUGGGGCAUUUUUUGAACAGGAAACAAUGCGGAGUGGGGGGAUGGAGUGCUCUCAAAUUGGACAUGGCAAAGGCAUAUGAUCGUGUAGAAUGGUCAUUCCUUUGUAAAAUGAUGCUGGCUUUGGGGUUUCAUGGUGGCUGGGUGGAAUUGAUUAUGAAGUGUGUGACAUCAGUUUCAUAUAAUAUUCAGGUGAAUGGCUCAAGGUGUGAUCCUAUUAUACCCACUCGUGGAUUAAGGCAAGGGGGUCCUUUGUCCCCAUAUCUAUUUAUUAUUUGUGCAGAAGGAUUGUCCCUAUUGUUACAGCAGGCACAUAAUGUGGGAGCAAUACAUGGAUGCAGGGUAGCGAGGGGUGCCCCCCCAGUUUCCCAUUUAUUUUUUGCGGAUGACAGUCUCCUGUUUUUUAAGGCCAAUGUGGUGGAAGCAAAUGAAAUUAAAAGGUGCCUAUCUGUGUACGGGGAUCUAUCUGGGCAGGCGGUUAAUUAUCACAAGUCAAGUAUAUGCUAUAGUAGAAAUACAAGUAGUGUUGACAGAAACAAUGUGGCUCAGAUACUGGGAGUGGCGCAGGCCCCGAAUUUUGGCAAGUAUUUGGGACUCCCCUCCUUUGUUGGACGACACAAGAAAGCAGUUUUUGCAUAUGUUGAGGAUAAAAUUAGGCAAAGAAUUGGCUCAUGGAAUAAGAAAUUGUUGUCGCAGGCAGUGGCACGGGUGUAUAAGGCUCGUUAUUUCCCGAAAGGAACGUUCUUUGAUGCACAAAUGGGAAAUAAUCCCAGCUUCUGCUGGCGAAGCAUCAUGGCAGCAAAGAGUAUAGUUUGUGGUGGGGUCAGGCGCAGAAUUGGUAACGGGGAGACUACACUUAUAUGGACCCACCCCUGGUUACUAGAUGAGAAUGACCCUAUGAUACAAACGGAAAUGCCAGUACAGUUGCAGGAAGCCAGAGUGGCAGGUUUGAUUGAUCAACAGACGGGUACUUGGGAUCCCUCAAUCUUAACAGAUUUAUUUCAACCUGAUGAUGUGGCGAAUAUUAUGAGAAUACCCAUCUCCCCGGAUUAUGAUGAUGCCUGGUACUGGCAUGGGGACCCAAGAGGUGUGUACUCUGUUAAAAGUGGAUACAGAAUAAUAGUUGGGAACUAUCAAGAAAAUAAUGAGACAUUUACUAAAUGGCUACCCUUAUGGAAACUCAAAAUCCCACCAAAAUGGAAAACUUUUCUCUGGAGAGCUAUUAGUGAUAUAUUGCCUACCACUACAAACUUGCUUAUGAAGAGGGUGGAUGUGGACCCACGAUGUGCCAUGUGUGGAAUAUUUCAUGAGAACACAAUGCAUGCCUUAGUGUUGUGUGAUCUUGCAAAAAACAUUUGGGACAAAUCCAACCUUACAAUCCCCAAUAUAGUCACAAAUGUUUUUCAUGUUUGGUUUGAUGAACUUCUAGAAGUUCUAGACUCUGAUGGAAUGUUAUAUGCAGCAGAAAUUCUUUACAAUAUAUGGAGAGCAAGGAACCAGGCGGUUUGGGAGGCGACGUUACCGCGCCCGGAGACUGUGCUAAGAAGCGCCGCUACCGCCAAGCUAGCGUGGACACGGGCACAUCCACUGCCCAUGACCCGUGCCGCCCAGCUGCUACCCGAGCCGACCCUGCUGCAGGAGAAUGCCGAACUGCAUGGCACCGAAGCCUAUGCUGCCGAACCGCCACAUGGACUGCCGAGGAGAAUUUGUCGAGUGGAUGGGGGUUUUAUGCAAGAAACAAGCCGUGCUGCGGUUGGGGCAGUCCUACUCGACACGGAUGGGGGUUAUGUCUCGGCGUACACCGCACCACUCCGGAAUUGCUCCUCACCACUUAUGGCUGAGGCGCUGGCAUGUAAAGAGGCUCUAUCAUGGUUGAAGGAUCGGGGAGAACAGAAUGUUUAG